GCAUUAAUUAGGGAUGAAAGGCUAUUGGAAAGGUACCAAAAUCUGGCAGUCAUGGACAGAGAAGCCCCCUCGUUAGCCCACGCCGCGCGUCGCCUGCAGCUCCGCCACCGUCGCUGCCAAGGUCCGUCGCUGCCAAGGCCGGAGCAGACUGUAAGAGAAAUAUUAGAGAGAUGGUUGCAUCUGGUGCUUUAGCGAAACAACAAACUGCUGAUAGGUUUCAACAAAUAAAAAAGGAAGUUAAUGAGAUCAUCAGAGCCCCUUUUUCUCAGCCGAAUUAGUAGUUGACCAAGCAACAAGAUGGUUCAACUGAUGCUUUUCAGGAAAUCAGUAACGAUGGAGCAAGAUCUUCAAAAGAAAAAUUUGUCAUGAGCACUGUGUUAUAAGACAUAUCUCUAUGAUUUGUAUGUUGAGGGAAUGGUCAAAAGAUAAGGGCCCUCGCUGCAGAAAGCUCUAUGUAGAGCUUGCAGAAUUAUGGCCUUAGUGGCUACAUGGAUAAUGUUAGACUUAAAGAUGCCAUUUACAGAGCAAAAGGAAGGAGAAGCGCACUUUACAGGCAGCAUAAGGGGAAUUGACAGGCUCGCAGUGAAGAGAAGUCGAAGAGGCAAAAGUUGGCUUCGACAACAGGAGCAGAGAAGCUUAAUCCAACUGCUCAAGUUCUAACUGGACGAAAGAAAGCCAGCAUCGUUUGAUAGACGCUGAGCAUACAAGCAAAAAAUCCUGAUCAGAAAAUGACUGCAGUGGACGAUGAUCCAGUCAAUGGAAGAUGGCGUGCAAAUAAUUGUUGGCGAAGUUCAUGAUUGGUCUGGUGGACUACCAGUUCCAUCAUGAUUUUUAUUUCACAACUCUUCUCUUAUCCCAUUAAUUAAGCUAAGUUGGAACCUCACCUCAAUUCUGUCUGUUCCAAUUAUUCAAGGUAUAUCAAGGAGAGAAGACGGCAAAGCUCGCUGUUACAAUGCACGUCAAAGUGAUCUGGCGUCAUCUCACUCCCAUGUGGAUUGUGUGUGAGCAUUCGAUGGAUACCUCAUCACGCAAUUGAUAGAAGCGUCUGUCAGGGCGCUUGUCAUGGGACCUCGUGGUCAGACAAGACUACUGGAAUCGGGAGCGAGGCGCCGCCUUCAUGGCUGCGGCGUCCUUCGGAGCCUGAGAUAGCGAUCGUGGCGAUGGAAAGGGGCCGCCUUUGGAUGGAGAACUGCGGCUCCCGUCUUUUCCUGUCGCUGCCGGACGACGUGCUUGCGCUCAUCUCGGAUCAUCUCCGUCCGGCCGAUCUCUGCGCGCUGAGCCUUUGCUGCCGCGGUCUCCGACCGGCGAUCGCCGCCUCCGAGAAGGUCUGGCUUGCGCAGUGCCGCCGUCUCAGCCCGCCGCCGCAUGCGCUCCCCCUCUGGCGCGAGGGCGUGCGGUCUUACCGCGCCCUCUGCCGCUUCCUCGCCGCCGUCGCGCCGCUACUCGGCGUUUGGGUCCACCAGAACCCCGAGCUCGGCAACGUGGUGUGCGUCCUCUGGGGAUUCCUCUCCGUCGUCGGCGUUCGCGUCAUACCUCAGGAGCUCGGGCCGCUGGGUCUCGACGAGGGGCCUCUGCUUUGGGCGCCGGUGUUUGAGAUCCUUGCCGACGACGAUGGAUCUCCCUCCUGUUUCUUUCUCCAUGGCCGUGGCGAGAACGGAGAGGAAUCCCUCUUCCCCGGCUCCAUCGGAUCCAUCGACUCCUCCUGCAACAUCCUCCUCCUCGAGGUCGAGGCCCGCCACAAAGAGACAGGCUUUCAUCAAUCCUGGAUCUUCUCAUCCAUCGCCGACAGCAAAGAUCCCACCUUUGUGAGACGACUUCGCCGGUGUGACACCAACACGGCCUCUGCUCCCGCUGCAGCACUACUGCCUCCUCCGCUCAUCCCAUUCGCGCGACUUCCAUUCAGCGAUCGUCGCGGGCUUCUAGACCGAGUGGCUGGCAGAGUCGCCCUCGAUGUCCCGCCGGAUCUGACCGCCGCUCCUCUAUUCGAUCAUUGUGACAACGCAGAGCAGUUGGCCCAUCGCCGGUCUGUGAUCGUCAAGAUGCACAAGCAGCUGAACGGAGGGCGAAUCGAUUGGAAAGACUACCAAUUGGAGGAACGCUCGGCGCAGCACAAAAGCGCUGCGAAUGGAGAUGAGCUCCACCACCACUACAAACGAAACGCCCUAUUCUCCGUGGCAGCGUACUUUAGAGACGGAUUCAAACAAUUCAUCGCCAGGUCGAAUCCCCGUGAUUUGACAUCCCACAAGAAGCACCCGCCGCUGCACCAGUUCUUGAUGCCCGGCGACAGCCUCGGUCUGAGCUUGCGAGCUGCGCACAUGAGGUUGACCACGUACAGAGCGUGGCCCGACAUGCACGACAACUGGUUCGCUCUCUACAAACUCCGUAUGCCGAUCCCAACCGCCGGUCACGAGCUCGCGGGGCUAUGGGGUGGCACCUUCGGCUGGCCUCCGGCGCGGCCGUCGCAGGACAAGCCGGGGAAGGCUCUAUUCUUCCUUCGUCUCACCUACGAGGAAGAAGAGGGACGGCCUCUUUUGGUCGCCACCAAGCUACUGGAAGGCACCCACUACGUCCUUCACCCCAAUGGCUCCGCAAUGUUCGUGGCUAAGGUCGACGAGGCAUCGUCGGAUGCAUUCCCGUGGGACAACGACGGUGAGAUGGAAGUGAAGCAGAGUUACACCGGGGAGGGAAUCGCCGGUGGGUACGGAUUCCGGUACCCUGGAUGCAAGCCCGGCGCCUUGUUCGUGCUCCAGAACGGGCUGCUCGCGUUCGUGUGGAAGGAGUCGAAGUCGGUACUGAUGCUGCAGAGGAUCGACCUGCCGGAGCUGCUCAAGAAAGGAGAAAGAGUGGCGACGCUGCCUCCGGUCGCCAACUUUUGCUACCUCACCAAGUCCUACUCCAAUGUCUUUGUUGGCGUUCACAAUAGCAGCAGUUCAAAUGGUUCAUGUAUACACCACGCUAUCUAAUCUCUGAAUCAGGCUGUGUACAUUUUCUACUUGAAUCUGAUUGUUGUAUUAAUGUGAGAGAGCGUAGACAGGAAUUCAUGGCAAUCAAUAAAGAGAAAGUAGUUUGGCAAA